GAAUACCACUAGGUAAGGUUAUUGGCCCCUCCAUUAGCGUCUCUCAAACUUACCAGCUAGUAACUUAGUAAAUUGUUGUCACCUUUGUACCUGGUGAAACUCCAUUGCAAAAAAACCAUUUCUUUUCCUCUUUUCUUUUCCAUACUCAAAGGAAAGUCGAAAGGAAAAAAGAUGACCUCCAAUCCUCAGAGUGUCAAUGGCUCUGAGAGCGAAUUCGAGUUUAUCGAGACCCCAAAAGCCCCCACACCGACCUUUGAGAAGUUCGAGCCAUGUGGUGUAAGAACAACAGCUGUAAGUAAAUAAAAAAUUCCCAGAAUUUUCCCAUUCUCCAUAUCUGUCAACUUCAAUUUUGUCUAAACAAAAGCCAAUUGAAUCUAAUAUAUCAUGUCAACUAGUACCCUGCUAUCAAGAACGCUCCUCUGCCUGCAGAUGCUUCUGGAAAUGAUAGUUUCUCAAACACCCUUCUCUUCUCCCUCAUCGGUGGUGUCCCUCUAUACCUUUCCUGGAAGGUUGGCGGUGGAUUCAAGACCACCAUCUUCUUCGCUCUCAUCACCACCAUCCCAAUUCUCCUCGCAUUCUGGACAGUUUUCUCCAGCUUCUCCCCACGCAAGAAUGAAAAGGCAAAAUACCCAGGGCGCCCGGUCGAGCAUUAUCUUACCUUCAAGAAUGAAGCUGAUAAGCUAAAAUACAGUGGAAAAAGCAAGAUUCCUAUGGAAACUUUCCACAACAUGUACUUUGAUGGAGAGGUUGACUUCAAUGGCGAUGCUCUCGAGGUUCUCGAAUACCGACAUGACUGGGCAAGCUUCAAAUUCACAAUUAGUCUUUUCAAAUAUGUCUUCUUCAACUUCGCACCAGAAGUUAUCAUGCACACUCGUUCUCAGGGUAAGUACCAAAUCUGCCUUUAAUCGAAAGCUACUAACGAUGCCGCAGAUGAAGAGCAAGUCCGUGAUCACUACGAUCGAGGUGAUGACUUUUAUGGCUGGUUCCUUGGUCCACGAAUGAUUUAUACCUCCGGUGUUAUCUCUGACAUUAACCGCGAGGAGACAUUGGAAGAAUUACAGGAUAACAAACUCGCGAUCGUCUGUGAAAAGAUUGGUCUCAAGCCCGGUGAAAAGAUGUUGGAUAUCGGUUGCGGAUGGGGAACUUUGGCCAAAUUCGCCAGUGUUAACUUCGGUGCAAAGGCUACUGGUAUCACUCUUGGUCGCAACCAAACUGCUUGGGGUAACAAUGGACUUCGCAAAGCCGGUAUUCCUGAAGAACAGAGCAAGAUUUUGUGCAUGGAUUACCGUGACAUUCCUGUCCCUGAAGGAGGUUAUGACAAGAUCACAUGUCUCGAAAUGGCUGAACACGUUGGUAUCCGACACUUGACAAGCUUCCUGAAGCAAUGCCACGACAUGCUCGAGGAUGAUGGAGUCAUGUUCCUUCAAGUAGCUGGUUUGAGAAAGACUUGGCAAUACGAAGAUCUCAUCUGGGGUCUUUUCAUGAACAAAUACAUCUUCCCUGGUGCUGACGCUUCUACUCCUCUCAACAACUACAUCAACUCCCUUGAGAGCGCUGGAUUCGAGGUUAAGGGUGUUGAUACUAUUGGUGUACACUACUCAGCAACAUUGUGGAGAUGGUACAGAAACUGGAUGGCCAACAAGGAAAAGGUUGUCGCCAAGUAUGGCAACAGAUGGUUCAGAGUAAGUUUUCGUCAUAAUCGCACAAUUAUAUGCACAUACUGACAAACUCAGAUUUGGGAAUACUUCCUCGCUUCUUCCACUAUCAUCUCCCGCCAAGGAUCUGCCACCUGUUACCAAAUUACCUUGGUCAAGAAUCUCAACUCCGUCCACCGCAUUGAGGGAAUCUCCACACAAUUUGGAUUGUCUGGUGCACUGGCCGCCGCCAAAGCUGAUGUCCAGGCAUAUCGAUCCAAGAAAUCUGCAGGUGAUGUCAAGGAAGAUGUCGCCAGCGCAUAAAUGAAUGAACGAAUGAACGACUAUCUUAAAAGGGGUAAAGCGGCAAGGAGAGCCUGAAUAAGAUACCCAAGUAUCUAUAUACUUAUCGACGGGAACACAUGGAGCUAGAUGUGUGACUGUAUCCGUGGCUUAUGCCAGAAUGAGAUGAAAAGCCAUACCUGAUGUAGAGAAAGCUUUUAAGCUUGUGGUACCGAUUUAGAUCAUGCAGGUGCUUGUGUAUCUGACUGCAUGUAGCUUCAAUAAACGAUUUU